CAAUUGACCAUGAGGAGGCUCUGCCUGUUUGACGCUACAACAAAAUCCACGUCAGAAAAGUUGGUGUUCGUGCUACUCGUAUUCCAGAUACUUUCGCCUGGGUUUGCGUGGAUUGCGUCGGAUUCACGAUUACCUAACAGUAAAUUAACCUGGAGGGAUUCUCAUUCAACAACCCCAGCAAGAACAAGUCACCUGGCCUCGACUCCUUUCGAAGCCGAUCUAUACGACAAUCCAUUCAAUGAAAACACCAAUAAACCGUCAACGGCCGUUCCUAAGGACACAAAACUGGUACUCGGUGUGAACAAAUACAGUCACGACACCACUAUUUGUGCCGCAGAUGCUUCAUCGGGACAAGUGCUCUUUGCCGUUGCCAAGGAGCGGCUGUCUCGCAAGAAACACGAUGCCGGAAAUGUGGCGACUGCGGUCGAAGCUUGUCUUGAAGCACUUGAUUUGGAUCUGGAUAGUAUUGAACAUGUCGUCGUCAACAAUCAUCACCAUCGCGUACUGCCCAGGGAAGUAAACGUACGACACAUGGAGUGGGAAUGCGGCUUGUCCAUCAACGGUGGGGUCGAGGACGGCUACGACGAUCCCGAAAAUCUUUUGCCUGACGCCAGGCAUCACGAACUUUCCCAUCAUCUUGCGCACGCCUACAGUACGGCAGCACAGGCCCCCUUUGACAAGGGUCUCUGUGUGGUGAUGGACGGCAUGGGAGAACCGCUCCGGACCAUGCUCCGUGCGCAAGAAACAAAAGAUGAGACCUACACGAGCGACUUUUCCUUUGGGUUCGACACAUUUCAGUGCGUACCCAGUAAUGUGAUUGAACAAUCCCAACUUUCUUAUUUCGACUGGCGCGAAGCGGAGUCCGUGUACGUGUUUGAAAAGAAAGAGCGAACCAUCGACCUCCGACCGGUCUGGAAACGGUUUACCCCUGAACAUUCACCUCCGUCCUUGUACAAUCACGGUUUUGAAAAUAUGGAUUCUGUGGGUGCCCUCUAUUCACGAGCAAGUAGCCAUAUCUUUGGAGACUGGAAUGCGUGUGGGAAGGUCAUGGGACUCGCACCCUGGGCUCUGCAUGAGUGGACCGACAGUCGAGGUGCCAAACUUGCUCCAGUCGUCCACAACUCUCCCAUUUUACAAGGAAAGCUGUACGAAGACGACGGUCUCCACAUCGACCGCAAUCUUUUAGAAGGCCAACCGCUCAUUUCUCGAAAUGAUCCGGAUAUUUUCAAUGACGACGGCACGCGACGAAAGCGCUACGACUUUGACGACAAUGCCGAUAAGGAGACAUUGCUAGAUGUUGAUGAAAACGAUGAAUAUGGCGAAAACCGUGAGGAAACCACCAAAGUUGAAGAACGGAUACCCAUACGAGUCGCCCUCGACGCGAUUGCCUUAGCGAGUCGUAUGCAGAUCGAUUUGGAAACAGUUGUAAUGGACUUCGUUGCACACAUGAAGGCUCAAACGGGAGAAACAAAUUUGUGUUUGGCCGGAGGAGUUGCUCUCAACUCAGUCUUGAAUGGACGACUGGCUCGGGAAUUGGGCUUUGCACAGACUUUUAUUUCGCCGUAUCCUGGCGAUGACGGUAUUGCAGUUGGAUGCUGCGCCUUUGGCCUCUUUGGCAACGACCGCUUGGACCAAAUCGCCUCCACGAAAGCUAGAAGCGGUCCGGCCCGGCCCGCCGUUUGGUCUCAGCCUCUGUCGCCGUAUCUCGGUCCCGAUGCAAGCGAAGCAGCCAUAAAAGCCGCUAUUGAGACCGCUGCUCCUUGGCUGGAAGUGGAAUCGAUCCGCAACGUGGAUCAAAGACUUCAAAAGAUGGCCGAAGAAGUCGAGUCUGGUGGCGUGGUGGCCUGGUACCACUCUCGAUCGGAACUUGGACCUCGUGCCUUGGGACACCGCAGUAUCCUAGCAGACCCCCGUAAAAAAGGAUUGGUCCGCUUCGUUAACGAAAAAGUCAAGAGCCGUGAAAGUUUUCGACCGUUUGCUCCUAGCGUCUUGGCCGAAGAAGCGUCCAACUGGUUUGACCUUGGUCCAUCCGUACUACCGGACGAUCAGAACGUGAGCCCAUUUAUGAGCAUGACAGCUAUUGUACACGAAAGCAAGAGAGCGAGAAUCCCCGCAGUGACGCAUGUAGACGGCUCCUCGCGGCUACAGACGGUGACGAGCACUGCCGAACCACUGUACCAUUUGUUCAUUUCCAAGUUCUUUGCGUUGACGGGCAUACCCAUGAUCCUCAACACAUCCUUCAAUACGCUCCCGAGUGAGCCUAUUGUGGAAUCCCCCCGCGACGCUAUUCGUAGCUUUCUGUAUUCCAUGGGCGCCAUCGAAAUGCUCGUGAUGGGAGACUACGUCAUCAAGCGCAAACCGCCCAAUCUCCGGAAACUGCUCGGCGAAGUCAGCAAGUCGGGAGAGAUGCAAGUCGAGCCAGGUUGUCCCAUUCGGGCGGGACCCGCGACUUUCGAAUCGUCGUUUGCGUUGGAAGCCGGAGUACAGGCGGAGGAAGAGAUCGAAACCGUCACGAGAGUCCGCAUGCCGGACCGGCCCACGUUUAGCGAGAAAAAGGCGUGGUUUCCACUUUUGGACGACUUGGAAGGUGAACUGCUGAGUGUCUGUGACGGUACGAACACUAUGAACGAUAUCAUGGUGCAGUAUACGCCGCUGCCGGAGGGCCAAGACAAGAUAGGUAAAGAGGACGUGGAGGAAGCGCAGACGCUGUUGCAGAAUAUUGUGUACCGACUGGUUCGGCUGUACGAACACACUUUGAUCAGUUGGUAG